AUGGCGUCCUCUGCUGCUGCCUCUGCUGCCUCUGCUUCCUCUGCCGCCUCUGCUGCUCCCAAACGUCCUUCCUGUGAUAACGGCGAGAGCAGGAUCAAGAAAAAGCGCCAACGGAUUCCCUCUGCCUGCUCUGCCUGUCGCAAGCGCAAGGUCAAGUGCGACAAGAAGAGACCUUACUGUACCUCUUGUCUCAAAAACAACAUCAUCCACCUUUGCAAUUACAUGGAACCCACCUGGUCC